UGUGAAACAUGUGAGUGAAUCUAAUUCAUGGGUGUGUUAAUAUUCUAGUCAUUUUAUUGUCAUUUUGCUUUUCGGAACGUACUUUCUCUUACCUCAACAUCAAGUCACGAAAAUGGAAAGGCUUGAAGAAACUGCACCAUUCAUCAUUCAGGAUUCUGUAAACUGUUUGCGGGGCAUUGAAAAUAGUGAUGAACAUCUCAUAGAGGUGAAUUUACCCAGAAUUGGACAUUAUAUAGAAAUCCUUACACAACUGGUGCAACAAAACGUUGAUGAACAUUUGAGAGAAAUAGUUUCACAAACCUUGACUCAUUUGCAGCACCUCAGUGUUUCUGCAAAUGAAUGUCUAGCUAGAAUCCAAAUAAUGGAACAGGCAGAUCAAGUCAAGCCAGAUAUGAGUGUUGCUGCAGUCACAGAAUUAAGGAGAAUGGAUCUACCGUGGUCAAAAAUUGCAGCAUUUUAUCAAAUAAGCCGGCAAGGCAUGUAUAACUUUCGGAAAAAAUAUCAAAUUCAAGAGCCUAAUCAGGAAGUCUCAGAUGCCGAACUUCAGUUUCUUAUCUCGGAGUUGGCAAUAGAACUUCCAAGAGCAGGUGCCAGAUAUAUGAAAGGUGCUUUGACAACAAUGGGUAAGAAAGUGACAUGGAAAAGAGUUAAGGACAACUUACGUCAAGCUAACCCUGCUGCAACCUUAUUACGUCGGAGGCAAAAAAUAAUCAGAAGGAAAUUCAAAGUAAAAGGAGCUAAUUACCUUUGGAGCAUGGAUUCAAAUCACAAGCUCAUCCAUUACAGGAUUGUAAUACAUGGCUGUGUAGAUGGUUUUAGUCGGAAAAUUAUUUACUUAAAUGCUGCUUCGGACAACACAGCAGACACUGUUUUGCAGAUGUUCUAUAAAGGAAUGGAAGAAAAUGGUAUUCCGGUCAGAGUGAGGGGAGAUAAAGGGUCAGAAAAUGCCCGUGUGAAAGAUUGUAUGCAAGAGCUUCGUCAAAAUAUUGUCCAGCCCUUCAUUCAAGGCCGAUCAGUCCAUAAUGUAAGAAUCGAAAGACUCUGGAAGGAAACAAAUAUGCACCCAACUUGGAAGUUCAAACAAAUCUUUAAGUACCUAGAGAGUAUCGAAUUAUUGGAUGAGCAUAGCGAAUUUGACUUAUUUUGCCUUUCUUAUGUUUUUCUUCCAAGAAUUCAAAAUGAAAUGAAUAACUUUGCACAAAUUUGGAAUAACCAUUCAAUGUCCACAAUGCAGGGACGGACUCCCCUUCAAACUUGGACUCUUAAUAUGAUGAACCAAUCUCAUCAUGUCCUUGAAGCACCUAAUGACCCUGAUCUCGUCAACAAUCACCAUGAUAAUCUUGAUGAUAAUGAUGAGAACUCCAUUAUUGUUCCGAGAUUCUCUGAUGAACUUAUAGAGAUAGUACUCCCUCAUUUGUUGGAAGUCCUACCAGAUCCUCUGGCUGAUGAUCACAAUCAUGGCAUCAAUAAUUAUAUUCUGGUACGAAAUAGAGCUUUAGGAAUUUUUCAGCCUCAUGAUUGAUGUGCUCAUUUUUUCAAUAUAACUUUAGUAGAAGCUAACAGCCUUGCUACACCGUCUGUAGGAAAUACAUAAUCCUCCUCCUAACAUUUCUUGUGUUUAACUACAGCUACCCUGUCAUGAUUACCCUAGUUGUUCUCACAAGAUGAAGAAAUGGACCACUUAUGUGUCAUUUUAGAUUGUCGGUUCCUUCUUAGUAUAUAAUAAAUGUCUGCAGAAUUUAUCCCCUAGCCUUUUUAGCAUGUAAUUUUCUUCUCAGAAAAUGCUCUGUAAGCCCUAUUUUGCAAAAAAAAUACUGACUGAAUAAACUUGGUAAAUCAACACACGACUUGGCAAUACUGUACUGUAAUAGAUAAAUAAAAAACCUAAAUAAAUUUUUUGACGGUUUAA